AUGAUUAUGGAACACGACCAGGAGAAACUGCUGGACGAGGCGUCCGCAGUUGUCAAGGAGCAGGCGCGCUACAUGAAACGCGCAAUUGACAGCGAUAACCUGCGCGAGGCGCUAAAGCACGCCUCCAACAUGAUAUGCGAGCUGCGCACGUCGCUCCUCUCGCCGAAGACCUACUACGAACUGUACAUGCUCGUCUUCCACGAGCUCCAACACCUCUCCGCCUUCUUUUCGGACAAGUCGCGCCACAACAGAAAGAUGUCCGAGCUGUACGAGUCCGUUCAGCACGCAGGGAACAUCAUUCCGCGUCUGUAUCUCCUCAUCACUGUCGGCGCAAGCUACAUCAAAUCGCGUGAAGCGCCUGCAUGCGACAUUCUGCGAGACAUGACGGAACUCUGCAAGGGCGUCCAACACCCGAUGCGCGGCCUCUUUCUUCGCUUCUACCUCACGCAGAUGUGCAAAGACAAACUUCCCGACGUGGGCUCCGAAUACGAAAGAGAAGGCGCAGGAACGAUGAACGACGCGUUCGCGUUCCUGCUCACAAACUUCACAGAAGCCGCGCGCCUGUGGGUUCGCCUUCAACACCAAGGGAGUGCGCGUGAACGUCAAAAGCGAGAAAAGGAGCGGCACGACCUCCGCGUCCUCGUGGGGUCCACGCUCGUCCGCAUGGCCCAGCUGGACGGAAUGAGCGUGGAAUUCUACAAGGAGGAAGCGCUGCCUCGCCUGCUGGAGCAAGUCGUCGGCUGUCGAGACGGCAUGGCUCAGCAAUACCUCCUCGACUGCAUCAUUCAGGUCUUCUCCGACGAAUGUCACUUGCAGACGUUGGACCCUUUUCUCCAGGCGUGCCUGAACGUUCAGCCCACGGUCGACCUAAAGGCCAUCUUCGUCAAUCUGCUCAACCGUCUUGCGAACUUUGUCCAGUCGGAGCCCGAGAGUGUGCCUGCAGACGUGGACGUUUUCGCUCUCUUCCGGCGGUACAUUCUCGAGCUUCAGGACCGCUACCUGCUUUCUCUCUCUGAGUCUAGUGCGCCUGAACCGAACGGCCUGAAAGGCGUCGCGAAUUCGCUUGAGUCUGGCAGGCAAACGUCCACAGACUUAACGGCCCUUUUGGAGCUCCAAAUGGCGUUUCUCUCCUUCACACUCACUCUUUUCCCUGACCGGGUUGAGCACGUCGACGGCAUUCUCGCCUCCACGGCGCUGCUGCUGUCUCGGUGUCUGCCCGAGAAGAGAGAAGGCGGCCGCGAGGACCGAAACGGUGACCAGCCGCGCCUGUCCCCGGCCGGUGUCGAGGCCGUCGUCGAGCUCCUUUCCUCUCCCUUACGCACGCUCUCCUUGUCCGUUCUCGAAUUGGACCACUUCCCUUGCCUCAUGGGGUAUCUCGACUUUGACACGAGGAAACAGGUCGCGGUCUCCAUGGUGUCUGCGGUGCUCGGCUCGAAUGUCGCGCUGGACCAACCGUCGGCGUUAACGCGGUUCCUGGACUUCAUUUCCCCCCUCGUUCUGGAUGCCCCAGACACACCGCUGGACGAAGAGGAAGGCAGCGCCUCCUCGUCCUUCAGUGCUGAGCAGCAGAACGUCAGCAAGCUCGUUCACCUCAUUCACAACCCCGACACCGACCUCCACUUUGCUCUUCUGUGUAUUGCGAGGGAAAAAUUCGGCGAAGGUGGUUUGAGGCGUCUGCGGUACACUCUCCCGCCCCUCGUCAUUGCGGCGCUUCAGCUGGUGCCGCGCAUUCUCGACCGUGCCGAAGAGCACCAACGCGGAGACUCAGAUCUGCCCGCCCCGACUGUCUCCGCCAAGAAAGUUUUCCAGUUCGUCCAUGGAUCCUGCACGCAGCUUGUUCAGUGCAACGCCCAGGCAGCGCUUCGUCUCUUCCUCAUGGCAGCGAUCGUAGCCGACGGUGCAAAUCUGCGUUUCCCCGGCUCCUACGAGGCGAUUACGUACGAGUACCUGACGCAAGCCCUCGUGUGUUACGAAGAAGAAAUCUCCGACAGCAAGUCCCAGUUCAAUUUAAUCUCGGAAUUUGUGGGGUCUGUCGUCGGUCACAUCCACACCCUGGAAAAAGAAAACUACGAAAAUAUCAGCGCAAAAAUUACACAGCACGCGGCCAAGCUGCUCAAGAGGCCCGAUCAGUGCCGAGCGAUCCUCACGUGCUCGCACCUCUUCUGGAACAACGAAAGCGUUCGCGACUCUCGAAGGGUCCUGGAGUGUCUGCAAAAGUGCUUGAAAAUUGCCGACAUUGCCGUCCAGUCCUCCACCUCCCAUGUUUGUUUGUUUACCGAUAUUCUGGACAAAUACAUCUAUUACUAUGAGCGGGACAACCACGAGGUGACUGUGGACUUCAUUCAGAACCUCCUCGCGCUUUGUGCAGAACAUGUCAACUUCGCCCUACAAGAGGUCGGCCAGGAAGAGGCUCUCGCGAGUUUCCACAACACAGUGCGCUACUUGAAGCGGAAGAAGGAGACGGAAGGCGCCAAAUGGAGAGGCCUCACUGGACUGAACGAAAUCAAGGUUUCAACGUCCUAA